AUGGAUCAGUCCAUGACCAUGAUCGAUGCUCAGGUGCAUUUCCUAGAGGAGCAUCUAGUCUUAGUUCACAUCCCUCUGGAACUGUAUCCCUACUUUUUCAAACCAGUUCUAAGACUCAUCUUUGACGAGAUCGCUCCGUUGGAAGAUACCAACGAGGACGAAGAGGACGUGCUAGAUGACCUCGAGUCUACUUCUGAUACGGGUGCCGAGGCCGAGUACUGCGAGCCAGCCUUCCUAAACGUCUCCAUCACUCCCGUGGAAGUCUCGGUGAUCUGCCCUAGACGUCUGGUCGAGAAGUACUUUGAUCCUCUCAUCAACCAACUCAACCAGAUUGACGUUUCACUACGGUCUCGCGUGGAUGUCAGUGAAAAUGACUAUAUCGCCAUGCAAGUGCUCGGCCAGGGCCUGGAAGCUGGCAAGCGAGUCCUAGAACUGACCAGUCCACUAGCCAUGGCAGGAAUCUCAAUCUUCUUCAUAACAACCUACUUCUCCGACUACAUCCUAGUGCCCCUCCACAGCAAAGCCAGCGUAAUCUCCGCCCUCGAAACACGAGGCUUCCAAUUCGAAAACGCAACCACAGCAUCCGUCAACCCCCUCAGCCCAACAGCAACCUCAAACCGAAAACUCAGCGACGCAACCCCAUCAGCACCCCCGCAAACUCCACCCCCGUCAACAGUCGCAGAACUCCAAACGCGCACAUUCGAAAACUUGCGCAAACGCCAGAUUCUCCCCGCCGUCGACGACAGUCUCCGACUCGUCCAGUGCGCCGCGCACCACCAGUACCACCGGCAGGAAAGUUCCAUGUCGAUACUGCGCGAUGCGCUGACGACAGUGCUUCUCGUUGACGAGCCACGGUUUUUAUCGCUGACGCUCGCGGCGCUGGAUCCGGCUGCUUCGUUGUUGUUGGAGAGGAGGUUGCUUCCGCGGUUUGAACGGCGGAGUGUGGACGAGGAUGGGUCGGGGUUACUUCUAGGUGCGCAGGGGGACUAUUUAGUUCCCAUCAUGCUGGAUUUGCGUGAUCUACCGCUGGAAGCAUCGGGUAUUGUCUGUGGUGUGGCGGGACGGCUUGCCGAAGCUACGCAUAAUGCGUCGCGGGAUGGGACCGGCGAGGAUACGAUGUCCGUCGGCAGUCAUGGGAGUAGUGUCAUUGGCGCUGUUCCGAAACUCUUUGAUACGUUCGGGACUAGAUUGGGUAUCAGUGAGAAGAAGUCGUCUAGUAGUCAGCAUCAGCUGGCGCCGACGACGCAUCGUCUCAAGCCGGAUCUGGAUGCGUCGGCGGAUGCGGUUGAGAUUAGUUUCUUGAGUACUGCGCGCGCGGGAACUAUUAUUGUGGGUGAAGAUGAGCUGCGGAGGGCGAUUGAUGCCCUCGAGGCGGAGAAGGUGCAGGAUUCACCGGCUGCUGAGGCUGAGGGAGUGUCUGAUACUCCCGAGGUUCCUGAGGUUGGACUUGGUUUGGAGACGGAUACCAUUGAACCGACUUGA